AUGGCACGUUCCCUCCUAUCCGCCAAUCCGUUCACUUUAGAGAUACAGGAAUAUUGCGCCCCUAAAAACUUUCAAUGCCCGGUAAUGCCCAUAUACGAUGGAACAGAGGAUCCCAGUGACCACCUGAUUGACUUCCAAGCAAAAAUGAUGAUAUUAGGAGCAGAAGACCCAAUGUACUGUAGGGUAUUCUUUUCGACACUGAAGGGGGCAGCACAGCGAUGGUUUUUAUCACUACCACCUCGGAGUAUUGAUUGUUUCGAAACCCUGGGCGAGCAAUUCCUGACAUACUUUGCGGGGAACAUAAAGACUAAAAGGCACUUCACAGCCUUAACCGCCGUACAACAAGGGGAGACGGAGACCCUAAAGGAAUUCCUCGGAAGGUGGAAGAAAGAAAUACAAACAGUGGAAGGUCUGGAUGAUCGGACAGCCAUAACAUUAUUUAUGGAGACCUUAAAAGCUGGCGAUCUGUUUGCAAGUCUCCGAACUGAUAUCCCAGAGACAUACGCUCAGGCCAUACAAAGAGCAAACAGAUACGCCGAAACAGAGGAGGCCUUACGACAAAAACAGAGGCAGCGAGAGAAACGCCCGUUGGAGGAAACGAGAACGCGUCCAGUGGAUCGAUUGUCGAAACGAAGGGAUAGGAUCAAUCCUAGCCACCUGCCGGUAGCCCACAGACCCCGGGUUAUCCCUACCCUGGGGGCAAGGGCUGUACAUGAGAUACACCCGCCUCGGGUAAGGGAGGAUCCCCCACCACAAAACCCCGCGACAAUAGUCAACCACAUACUGGCAAGACAGGGGAAGUACUGCAGAUUCCACGAAUCCCCAACCCAUAGCACGGAGGAGUGCACAACCUUGCAGAAAGAACUAGAGGGAUUGAUAGAAAAGAGAAUAGCCCUCAAACGAAACAUGGGACGACCGCCCCAAGGAGGCCGACAGCCUCGAGGGCCGAACCAGUGGCAAAGACAAACGGAGAGACCCAGGCAGGAGAGAAGGCCCGGGGGACGGGAAGCCGAAGCGCAACCCGAGACUCCUAGGAUGGCAUGGGAGCCCCAAGAGGAGCAAGAUGAUCGUAGCAGGAAACACCACAAACUCGUAAUCCACAUGAUUUGCGGGGGACCAAUCGAUGGGGACAGCGCUCGGGAAAGGAAACGCUGGGCCAGACAAUUAUACAUAGGGGCAGUACAUCAUAAAGCACCGCCCAAAAAGGGCCGGAGAGACCCCAUUAUCUUCUCAGACGACGACUUACCUGAGGGGCCAACCCCGCACAGGGACACCAUCCUGAUUGCAAUGGACGUCAACGGGGCCACAGUUCGAUGGGUAUUCGUAGAUACGGGCAGCAUCGUCAAUGUCAUGUAUCUCGGAACCUUCACCAAGCUAGGACUAACCAAGGAGAACCUGCACCAAGUGAGAACACCUCUUGCGGGAUUCACAGGAGAUAGCAUAGAGCCGGAAGGAUGCAUCACCCUGCCUAUAGAGAUCGGAGAGUACUCUAGGGUGCGAGCUAUGAACAUGGAAUUUGUGGUGGUGGACUUGAAAUCAACACACAACGUGAUAUUGGGAAGACCAGGUUUGGAGGACCUAGGAGCCAUAGGAAGCCGAGAUCUACAAGUGCAAACCAUCACAGAAAGAACCACAAAGGAAGAAGCCAGGGACAGGCCAGAACCCACCGCGAAAUUAGAAGAAGUAGCCUUAGAAAGCUCGAAGCCCGAUCAAAGGGUCCGGAUAGGAAAGGGGUUAACGGAAGAAACCAGAUCUGAUAUCUUACGGACAUUACAAGAGUAUAGGAUCUUGUUCACAUGGGGGCCGGAAGAUAUGCCCGGGAUAGAUCGCUCAGUUAUUACCCACUGCCUAUCAGUAGACCCAGCCGUCCGGCCAAUAGUACAACGAAAAAGGCACCUGGCAGCAAAUCAGAGGGAGUUUGUGAAAAAAGAAGUAGCAACCCUAUUAGAAAUUGGACACCUCAAGGAGGUGGUAUACCCGGCUUGGUUGGAAAAUGUCGUAUUGGUGCCAAAACCACCUGCAUGGAGGAUGUGUGUGGAUUACACCGACCUCAACAAGGCAUGCCCCAAAGACCUCUUUCCCUUACCCAGGAUAGACCAGUUAGUAGAUUAA